GCGGUGCAUGCCGGGCGCCCUGCCCGCCGUGACGCUGCACAUCGCACCGGCGCCGCCAGCCGCGCCAUGGCGGGCGUCAAGGUGAUCGCCAACGACACCGAGUUCCAGCCCGAGCUGAGCGCCGCCGGCUCCCGCCUGGCCGUGGUGAAGUUCACCAUGAGGGGAUGUGGCCCUUGCUUAAGGAUAGCUCCAGCCUUCAAUGCCCUGAGUAACAAAUACCCCCAGGCCACGUUUUUGGAAGUGGAUGUGCAUCAAUGCCAGGGCACAGCUGCCACCAACAACAUCUCCGCAACCCCCACGUUCCUGUUCUUCCGGAACAAGGUGCGGAUCGACCAGUAUCAGGGAGCAGAUGCCGUGGGCUUGGAGGACAAAAUCAAACAGCACCUGGAGAACGACCCUGGGAACAGCGAGGACACAGACAUCCCCAAAGGAUACAUGGAUUUGCUGCCGUUCAUCAACAAGGCCGGGUGCGAGUGUCUCAACGAGAGCGACGAGCACGGCUUCGAGAACUGCCUGCGUAAAGACCCCUCCUACCUGGAGUCCGACUGCGACGAGCAGCUGCUUAUCACUGUCGCUUUUAGUCAGCCUGUCAAGCUUUACUCGAUGAAACUUCAGGGGCCAGACAAUGGGCAAGGGCCAAAAUACAUCAAAAUCUUCAUCAACCUGCCGCGCUCGAUGGACUUCGAGGAGGCGGAACGCAGCGAACCCACCCAGGCCCUGGAGCUGGGCCCGGAGGACAUCAAGGAGGAUGGGAUCAUCCAGCUCCGCUACGUCAAAUUCCAGAAUGUCAACAGUGUCACUUUGUUUGUCCAGUCCAAUCAUGGUGAUGAAGAGACAACACGAAUCACAUAUUUCACAUUUAUUGGCACUCCAGUGCAAGCCACGAACAUGAACGACUUCAAACGAGUAGUUGGCAAAAAAGGAGAGAGCCACUAGGAAGCAAAGCCACUGGAAGGCCUUAUCCCAGUCCGAGAUUCCCCCUUUCCUCUCUGACUCCUGGAUAAUUGCUUGACCAUAACCAGAGACUGUCCGUUUGAUUUACUGCCAUUUCCAAUAAAUCAUUGCUUUGAGCUGGAGUGUGUUUCUGGUGUCCUCCUCCUCCAUGGAUUUGUAGAUAAAAUUCCUGAUUUGGGCCAUGCUGAAUUUUGUUAUUCCAACAGUUGUGGCUCUUUUAUUCCAUUGGAACCUCCUGACUCCAGUGAAAAGCUCCACAGAAAAUGCUUGCUCAGAGUUUCUAAUGUCAAACACAAGAAAUCUGAGUUACUUUGGAUCCUUAUUGCCACAAAAUACAGCUAAUUCUUGGAUAGGAGGAACUUCACCUGUUUAAUUCCCAUUUCCCUCCCAAAUCAGAGCAGAGGAAGCAGAUAUAAAAUCUUGACUUCGAAGAAAUUCCUGAGUCUUCCAAACUGGUUUUUUAAAUAUUAUUAGAAAUGCCUGCCCUUGUUUCCCGAGCAGGCUGGGAUUUAGAUGUUGUUCCUGAUUUAUUUUAUUGGAUGUUUUCCUUCUCUCUGGAUCUCAGUAUGGAAAUAUUUAUUACAAAUAUUAAUUUUCCAUCUUAAUUGGAAUUUUUAUACUACUUAGGGCAUACUUCCAAGAAAACUUACUAAAUUAAUGUUAAUAAAUCAGGCAUUGAUCAGCACCAUAUCCAUAGAAUUCUCUGAAUUCCCAAGAAAACUUACAAAGAGUUUAAUUGCCAUAAUUAAUCUCUUUGUUCAGUUAAAUCUACUGCAUUUUUAAUUACACAAAUCCCAUUAAAACUUAAAUCCUGGCCUAAUUGCUGUUCCUUGGACACAGUGGGGUGGUUCUUCUGCCUUGGCACGUUUGGAUGUUCAUCCCAAGUGAAUUUCCUGCUAAAAUAGAAAUUUUUUUUUUUCCCAAAGAAAACCGGGAAUUCUCUAGAAAAUGGAAUUUUCUGAGGGGCACUGUUUUGUUUUCACUCUCACUGCAUAUUCCAGGAUCCUCAUGGAGCCGUGUUAGUCAAUGGCACACGAUGACAGCUUGACUCCUCAUUCCUUACUCCUUUGUUUCGAGGGAUGUAAGACGUGGAACUGUAAAUAGAAAUAAACCAUUUUUAAUACGAA